CGCACGCCCACGUCUUUGAUGUGGUACAGGUUACUCUCAUCACAGUAAAAUCUUUAAUAUUGUUACUCUCAAGUUAUUUGAUGACAAUGAGUGAAUAGUUGACUAUAAGUUACUGGUUGAGUUAUUAUUGGCUGCGUGGUUCGGUUGUUCACGUUCGGACUACCAGCUAACGUCUCGCGCCCGGCCGAGGGCGUAGCUAGUAGCGGAACGCUCUUUCUCUUUCUGGCUGCUCGCUCACUCUACGUGACGUCAAACCAGCAUGGCGGCCAAGGUGCAAUCUACCAAACGCGGGGACCCAAAUGAGCUGAAAUCUAUCUUCCAAAAGUACGCCAGUGUAGCGGACAAGGAUGGAGAGAAGUACAUGACCCCCGGAGACUUUGUCCAGAGGUAUCUAGGACUACACACGCAGAUCCACCACAACCCCAAAACUGUACAGCUCAUCUCUGCUGUGGCCGACACCACAAAGGACGGGCUGAUCUCGUUCCAGGAGUUUCUUGCGUUUGAAUCCGUGUUGUGUGCCCCCGACGCUCUCUUCAUAGUAGCCUUCCAGCUGUUUGACAAGAAUGGAACUGGAAACAUUUCCUUUGAGAAUGUGCGGGACAUCUUCAGCCAGACCACUGUGCACCACCACAUUCCCUUCAACUGGGACUGUGAGUUCAUCCGUCUGCACUUUGGGCACGACCGCAAGAAACGCAUCAGCUACCUCGAGUUCACCCAGUUCCUGCAGGAGUUGCAGUUGGAGCAUGCACGCCAGGCGUUCGCCCAGAAGGACAAAGGGAAGGAUGGCGUCAUCUCCGCCAUGGACUUCAGUGACAUUAUGGCCACCAUCAGACACCAUAUGCUCACACCCUUUGUGGAGGAGAACCUUGUCUCCGCUGCAGGUGGCAGCACCUCUCACUUGGUCAGCUUCUCUUACUUCAACGCCUUCAACUCCCUCCUGAACAACAUGGAGCUGAUCCGCAAGAUCUACAGCACACUGGCUGGCACGCGGAAGGACACACUCGUGACCAAAGAGGAGUUUGUUCAUGCUGCCAACAAGUUUGGGCAGAUCACUCCCAUGGAAAUUGACAUCCUGUACCAAUUGUCAGGCCUGUUCUCCCCCUCUGGGCGCCUGAAUCUUUCUGACAUUGAGAGGAUAGCUCCGUUAGAGGAAGGAUGCCUGCCCCAUCACCUGGCUGAAACCCAAAAGCAGGCCCAUGGGGAUGGUUCCAGGUCUGUGUUGCUCCAGGUUGCAGAGUCCUCCUACAGGUUCAGCCUGGGUUCCAUCGCUGGAGCUACGGGAGCGACGGCGGUGUACCCCAUCGACCUGGUGAAGACUCGUAUGCAGAACCAGAGGUCCACAGGAUCCUUUGUCGGAGAGCUGAUGUACAAGAACAGCUUUGACUGUGCUAAGAAGGUGCUUCGCUACGAGGGCUUCUUUGGCUUCUAUAGAGGCCUGGUGCCUCAGCUUAUAGGUGUGGCACCUGAGAAGGCAAUCAAACUCACAGUGAAUGACUUUGUGAGAGACAAGUUCACCAACAAGGACGACGCGAUUCCUUUUUGGGCUGAGGUCAUGGCUGGCGGCUGUGCUGGAGGCUCUCAGGUGAUCUUUACCAACCCUCUGGAGAUAGUGAAGAUCCGCCUGCAGGUGGCAGGCGAGAUCACAACUGGGCCUCGAGUCAGCGCACUCAGCGUGGUUCGGGACCUGGGCUUCUUCGGCCUCUACAAGGGUGCUAAAGCAUGUUUCCUGCGAGACAUCCCCUUCUCUGCCAUCUAUUUCCCCGCGUAUGCCCACCUCAAGACCCAGUUUGCUGAUGACCAAGGCAGGCUGGGAGCUCUGCAGCUUCUGACUGCUGGAGCGAUUGCAGGUAUCCCUGCGGCCUCCCUCGUGACGCCCGCCGACGUCAUCAAGACGCGUCUGCAAGUUGCAGCGAGGGCAGGACAGACCACUUACACAGGAGUCAUCGACUGCUUCAGGAAGAUUAUGAGAGAGGAGGGGUUCAGGGCUUUGUGGAAGGGAGCUGGAGCUCGUAUGUGCCGAUCUUCUCCUCAGUUUGGUGUGACUCUGGUGACCUACGAGCUCUUACAGCGUUGGUUCUACAUUGACUUUGGAGGACAUCGUCCGUCGGGAUCUGAGCCCACACCCAAGUCUCGCAUCUCGGAGCUUCCUCCCAUCAACGCCGACCACGUCGGAGGCUACCGCCUGGCCGCAGCCACCUUUGCCGGGGUGGAGAACAAAUUUGGCCUCCACCUUCCCAAAUUCAAGUCCUCCGGCGUGGUCUCCAUACAUCACCCAGACCCAGUCGCUUCACCGCCUGCUCAGGCCCCAUAGAGGUCUGAAUCUCCAUAUCACUUUGCCAUCCCUCUCCUCC